GCCGCCCUGGUCUCCUACGACUUCGGCCUGAAGCGACGCGUCGUGGAGAUCGACCGCGACGCAUACCGCCGCUGGAUGUACGCAUCCAUGAGGGCUCGCGUGGAAGAGGCUGAGGGCAAGGAACCCUCGGACAGCGCCCCCUUCGAGGAUUUGUACAAGUUCUCCAAGGAGACCGCAGAGACGGUCCACAAGUUCAUCGCCGAGGCCAACAGCGCUUCCAGCGCUCCGGCCGGCCUGAAGAAAGAUAUCGAGAAGGUUCUUAAAGAAAACCCGCCCUCGGACGACUUCAAGGUGCGCUUCCCUCGCGUGCUGCACGAGCGCUUGGCCAAGAAGAUGGGCCGUAUGCUGCAGACUUUUGUCGUCGUUCAUGUCUGCUGUGAGGCAGACAUCGUCAAGGAGAUCUUCAAGGUGAUGCCGAAGUAUUCGGACACUCCGAUGCCGCCCUUGGACGAGGAGAUCGAGGACUAUGCUGCGAACCACUCCGAGGCCGAGACCAAGGAGUUCAAGACCCGAACGGCGCCGGAGGAGCUCCUGAAGACCGCAGCCGAGGUCAUCAAGCCUUACUAUGUGGCCCGCGAGGCCAACGAGAAGAAGGUCCAGGACCUCAAGGCCUUCUUCCGCUCCCAGAAGGAUGUGGCCGGCAAGACGAAG